CCACUGUCCGUCCUGCUCCGGUCGGGAGACAACACAGAGACACUUACUCAGGACAGGAGUGAUAUAGCAACUAGCUGAGUAUCGGCUUCCGACAAGAUUUCCUCUGGGAAAAGGGAAAAACUGGAUAUAGAGGGCAAAGAAACCGUCUUAUAUUUUAUUUUUUACAUGAGAGGUCGCGAUCUAAAACAGCCGCUCACUGCUACGACACUGCUUGAAGCUACUGCUGAAGGAGUCGGUCAAGUGCGGUGAAGUUAUCAUUUUGUUGUUGUUUUAUAGUUUGCAACUUUCUCAGGGUACAUGUAACUGCACUGCAAUAGGCAUUAUCGCGAGAGGAGGUUAUUAAUUAACUGGAUUCGAACAUUGUUAGUAAAUUAUUUUCUACUAGGCAUUUCUGCGGUAGACCCACUCUGCUGAUAGCAGCACCGGCGCUGCUGGAGACUGUGGCUCUUUUGAAAAGUGCACUUCCAAGGUUACUAAGAAGGCAGCGACUUUGAUGUGUAUUAAAUGAGACAUGCGCUCUAGUGGGUAGCUCCCGCUAGAGAUAACAGAGCACAGUACGCAAAGAAAGGUGAAACGGUCUGUCAAAAAAACUUGAAAGAGAAAGCUGUAAGGGCUCAUAGUUUCACACGAGUGAAAAUAACUCACCGACAUUUAUGGAGGCUCAGCUUGUAGUGUGGUUCUGACUGAGGAAUGGGGCUCUUUUUUAGGAUGCAAGUGCAUUGUUGAACACUGUAGUAGCAUUCUUGCUAGGGGACAGUUUAUAGUGUUUCUUAUAUUAGGGGUUUUAUCGCCUAAACUAGCAACUAGCAAAGGGAAAAACUCGUCAAACACUUCGUAUUACACCGUCGGGAGUGAACCGAGACGAACGACGAGUGAUUUCGCUCGGACCAUGGCCUCCACCUCGCGGAACAGCUGCUUCUGGUUGCUCUGGAGACGGACCUUCCUCGCGCUGUGGCUGUGCGCGCUUGUGGCGCGUGGAGCAGACGAUGACAGCACCUUCAACUCAGAGGCAUGGCUGAGGAUGUACGGUUACUUGCCCCAGGCCAGCAGGCAGAUGUCCACCAUGCGAUCAGCUCAAAUCCUGUCCAACGCCAUCAGCGACAUGCAGCGGUUCUACGGCCUGGAGGUCACCGGACAGAUGGACCCUCAGACCAUAAGUGCCAUGAAGAGACCCCGCUGCGGUGUGCCUGACAAGUUUGGAGGCCAGAUCAAAACCAAUGUGCGGCGGAAACGCUAUGCCCUUACAGGACAUAAAUGGAACAAGAGCCACCUCACUUACAGUAUCCAGAACUACACCCCCAAGAUCGGAGAGUAUAACUCAUAUGAAGCCAUCCGUCGGGCGUUUAAAGUCUGGGAGAGGGUGACCCCAUUGACCUUUGACGAAAUUCCCUACCAGGAGAUCAAAUAUGGACGCCGCAAGGAGCCGGACAUUAUGAUCUUCUUUGCUUCGGGUUUUCACGGAGACAGCUCUCCUUUUGACGGGGAAGGAGGCUUCCUAGCUCAUGCCUACUUUCCUGGACCUGGAAUGGGCGGGGACACACACUUUGACUCGGAUGAACCGUGGACCAUUGGAAACCAGAACGUACAAGGUAAUGACCUCUUCCUGGUGGCAGUCCAUGAGCUUGGCCACGCCCUGGGUUUAGAGCACUCCAACAACCCAUUGGCCAUCAUGGCUCCCUUUUACCAAUGGAUGGAGACGGACGACUUCCAGUUGCCUGAGGACGACCGGCGAGGCAUACAGCAGAUCUAUGGUCAACCAGACAGCGGCCCUACCCAAGCACUACCCACCGUGACCCCCCGCCGCCCGGAGCCCAGACCACCGCAACCACCUCCCCGGCAUCCUGAUCGCCCCAGGACCACAGAAAGACCAGAUCACUAUGGACCCAAUAUCUGCGAAGGAAACUUUGACACUGUAGCGAUGCUCCGAGGAGAGAUGUUUGUUUUCAAGGGCCGUUGGUUCUGGCGGGUGCGUAGGAACAGGGUUCUGGAUAACUACCCCAUGCCCAUCAGUCACUUUUGGAGGGGUCUGCCUGGAGACAUAGAUGCUGCCUAUGAGAGACAUGACGGCAGGUUCGUCUUCUUUAAAGCGAACAGAUUCUGGCUUUUUAGGGAGGCUAACCUGGAGCAGGGCUAUCCAAUGGAGCUGGUUGAUUAUGGACAAGAUAUUCCGUACGACCGAAUAGACACAGCCAUCUGGUGGGAGCCGUCGGGCUACACUUACUUCUUCCAAGGAGACUGGUACUGGCGCUUCAACGAGCAGUCCCGCUUGGCUGACCGAGGUUACCCGAAACCAAUCAGCGUCUGGGGAUCAUCAGUGCCCUCCUCGCCCAAGGGGGCCUUCCUCAGCGACGAUGGAGCUUACACCUACUUCUACAAGGGUUCCAAGUACUGGAAAUUUGACAACCACCGCAUGAAGAGCGAACCAGGCUACCCCAAGUCCAUCCUGAAAGACUUCAUGGGCUGCAGCGUGGACCUGGACCCAGACAGAGACACAGACACGGACUCAGGACGCAAAUACCCAGAUGUGAACCGCCCACCGUUCAACCCGGACGUGAACGGACGGGAUGGCGACAAGGGCAAGGACCGAGAGGGAACGGAUCGAGGCGGAACAGACAAAGAUACAGGUAAAGGGUCGGAUGACAAAGACGAAGACUACCGCGAGGGCCACGAGGAAGACACCAACGAGGUGGACGUGGUGCUGAAGGUGGACGACAGCGAGGAGCGGACCAUGAACAUCCUGAUGGUAACCAUCCCACUGGUCCUGGUGCUGUGCAUCCUGGGACUGAUCUAUGCCAUCAUAAACACGCUGCAGAGCAAAGGGGCGCCGCGACUGCUGGUGCACUGCAAACGCUCGCUGCAGGACUGGGUCUGACCCUCUACAUUAGGGGGACACUGAACUUUGAACUUCAAUUGAAAUCUUAGACACCACCACCCGUCCUCUAAUCCAUCCCUCCUCCAUCUGUCUCACGUCUCUGUGCUCAGUGGCUCCUGCAGCUCUUGUGGUAGAAGAUCCAAUACUGUACUGACACACACACACACACACACACACACACACAUACACCACCCUAACCUCCUCUGCCUCCCAUGGUGCUCUACAAUGCGUUGACUGUAGUCUAUUUAUAUGAGAGAAGUUUGCACAUUGUUUUUUUUUUUCAUGUUUUUGUUUUGGUUCAUUUUGUGUGAUUAUUUGUUGUUAUUAUUAUUAUUAUUUCUAAACCAGGAAUUCCCUUCUAUUCUGCCUGCACCGCCUUCCUCCGCCCUCUAAUCUCAGUAGAGGCUUUGUGCUCUCCGAUAACUUGACAUCUGCUUUUGCUAUCACACUUGCAACAAAAGAAAGAAAUGCAAAGGGUCUGAAAAGACAGAGUGAUUUAUAGACGGACCACUGUGCUUCUAGCAGGGCUCGGUAGUGAUCCUCCCUCCUUAUCUCCUUUUUCUUCUUCUUCCUUUGCUCUGCAGUACAGAGUGUCAUGUGGUGGGAGGUGACUUAGAGAGAAACAGGCUUUUAGUCACAACAGACUUGUCACUGUAGUUGACAUUAAGAGGUAUUUUGAGGCCUGCCUUGAGCCCAAAUAUUACCCUCCCUUUGACUCCCUCUGACAGUGAUGAGGCUUCGGCUGUUUCGCAGUCGUUGUCAUACAAACACCACUUUGGUUUUAAAGAAUACGUGCAUUUUUACUACAAUUUAGAUCUUAUUUUUAACCCUUUGAAACUUGGAUCGCCUUCAGUUUUCCUGUGUUGCAUUCAGACUUAUUUCACAAGCAUUUUAACCCUUGAGACGAGAGCAAAUUGGUUUAGAAAAAAAAAAAAAAAAACAGGGAAAAAAGACAAUCAGCAACACUAAAUGUCCUGUAAAUUGCAAAGAAAGGGGGAAAAAAGGACACUUUAGCCAGGGAAGCUGUUUCCCCAUGCCUCCAGUUUUUAAGAAAAAGAUCAAUGUUAUAUUAUCACAUAGAAACUGUGGCUUUAAAAAUAAGGACUGACUUGUUUUCCUUCUUUAUCUUGUGCUCACACAGUCAGACAAUGGGUCCACCGUCUUUCUUUUCCUUAUUUGGAAACCCUUUAAAGACCUCCUUGGCUGAAAGGGUUCAGACUUUACAGGGGAUCUCUUCCCUUAACUUUCAUUUAUGUGGCUAAUUCUGUGAGCUUCCUCUCAGUCAACAAUAAGACCUUUUCUUUGUGCAAGAGAAGAGACGGACUAAUGGUUAAUUUAAAGAGUCAGCUCACUGUGAAAUAACACAAGAGAGGGAGCAUUCAUUGCGUCUGUUUGUGUGUAUGUGUGUGUGUGUGUGCGUGACAUAAAACAAGGGAGAAACAAAGCAAAGCCGCAGCCUUUAACUCCAGAACAGGAUGGAGCACUAUAAGUGUAACACAGCAGUGGCCGGGUGCAGCUAAUGUACCGUGCAAUUUGUAAUGGACUUUUUACUGUUAGUGUUUUUCUAAAAGGACAAUUUGAGAGACUUUACAGAUGACCUGCGGUCUAUCUGCUGUAAAUAUAUAAAACAAAGCUGGAAGCAUCGGGGUGGGCUCAGGCCAGGCAAGCUCAUGUGAACAAAGACUAAUCCUCUUCAUUAAAAAACAGCAGGUGUGUGCGAAUGCUGUUAACCUCCGCGACCCCGAAACUAAACCUUGAACUCCCAGAACCAAAACACUCCCCGCUCCCUUUUCAUCUCACAAGAACAGAGAUGGGAAAAAAAGGUACAGAAAAUGUCAAUAUGAACUACUUACUGUAUCAGUUUAAAAAAAAUGUUGUAUUCAGUAUGUGUUGUAUUUUUCCAGGCAGUCAAUGAUUUCUAUUAAUCUUUGUAGAAUAUAAAAGUAAGAGACUAUAAAAAUGCAAAAAUAAUUCACUUGGAUGAAUGAGGCACCUCAAGCAAGUUUUUUAGAGUUUGCUUUCUGAUAUUUAUAUUGGAAGAAAAUUAAUGAACGCCAAUGGCUGCCAUUGAAACGCACUGAAAAAUCUAAAAAAAACCAAAAAAACCCAAACAGAGUUUGCAAAAACAGUUGCUGUAAAAUAGUCCCCACAUUGUUAAAACAUUGUUAAAUAGUAGUUAAGAGUCUACGGUAUGUUAUCCUGAAAAAAAUUUCUUUUUUUUAUCUCAAAAGAAGUAAAACAAUAUUGCUGUUAACCCCUUGCAACCCCUAAACUAAACCUUGAACUCCUGAAAACCAAAACACUCCCUGGGCCCUUUUCAUCUUGCAAGAACAGAGAUGGGGAAAAAGGGUACAGAAAAAUGUCCAUCUGAACUCUGUCAGUUUUAAAAGAUGUUGAACUUUGGCUGCUAUUUUUACUGUUAAUUUUUAUAGCCUUUGAUUUUCAUUUA